AUGCAGCAAAAGGAAUCCUCCUCUGAAGAGGAUAUGGCGACCCGUGUGAAUGAAAUGCGUAUUGAAGAGUGUGAAGCCACACAGGUAAACGAAACACAACCUGCAUUGCAAGAGAAUGAACUUCCAUCCAUAGAGAGUAUGGCUAUGCUAGGGAAUGAACCACCAUUCAUAAAGGGUGAACCACUAUCCAAAGAUGGUGAGUCCAUGCAAGGGUAUCAGCAACUAAUCAAAAGAGGUGAGGCCGCAUCACCACUUCAUUCACUGCUCGAAGUGGGUGGAACCAUGAAAAGCAAUGAACCACCACUCAAGAAAUUGUUUGACAUACUGAUAAUGGGGACACCAGGAGUAGGAAAGUCUGCACUUGUUGAUGCUCUGUUAGGUAAACCUGUGACGAAGAUUGCUAACCAAUUUCUAUGUGUUGAAUUUAAGAGCAUGACUCACUUUGAAGUGGAUUUAAGGGAAGCCCUGAUGAUAGCAUCAGAUCUACCACAUUCAAAACAAGAAAGCGAAAGUUACAACAUGCAAGACCUUGAACCUCCAUAUGAACAGGGUGAGACCGUGCGCUGCAAUGAGCUCCAGAAGGAAGAGAAUGAACCCCGUGCAAGGAGGGUGAAGCCAUACCAAGCGAACCACCCAGGUGGAUUACAUUAA